AUGCUCAAAAAGGAUGAUCCAUCAAAUCCGGUGUUGAUGGCGUAUUUACAAACUAUUAGCCCUAAUGAAGAAUCUGGUGCCUUACUACCAAGGUCUGGUGAAGGUCCUUCGAAAAAAUCUCGAAAGCCAAAGAAGGUUGAUGAAACUACUCCUGAGAAACCUGUUCAAGAGGCAAAAGUAACUAAGUCACAAAAAAAACGCUGGAGAGGCGGUCAAAGUUUCGAAGAAAUCAAACGAGCUAUUGAGACUAAAAUGGUUGAGCCUACAAAGGAAAUAGUUCCUUCGAAAAUUGGUGUGUUUAAGUGUCUUAAAAAUAUUGCUCAUCGCUCACGAACUUCUCCUGAAAGAACAUCAAGAUUUUCUCCUUCAAUGGUUUGA